AUGGAUUCUAAUGACACUCAAAUCAGCAACUACGGCAACAAAGUGUGGACAAAAAAGCCAAGUUCUGGUGUCUCCCACCAACGCAGUGUGGGGACAGAGGGUGUUCUGGGUAAGACCUGUUUCAACGUGAGUAUCUGUGCCUUGAAGGGGUCAACAGUGGAACUGCCCUGCACAUAUCAACAUCCAAGUAAUCGUGUAGUCUCAGAACCAAACUGGUAUAUCCAAGAGAAAUAUAAUGAGACGCCUAAAAUCCUGAGUUCAGUGCCAGAGUUUGCAGGUCGUGCUGAGUACCUUGGGACUAAAGAGAAAGACUGCACCCUGAGAAUCACAGACCUGAGAGAGAGUGACUCAGCUGAGUACUGGUUCACAUUCAAGACUCAGACGCAACUCGAUUGGGAUAAUUUCCUUCAAAGAGAGAUGCGUGUCAGGCUGUCUGUCACAGGUCUGCAGGUGAAGGCGUCUUCUGCCAUGGUGACAGAAGGAAAGGCGGUGAUACUGACCUGUAGAACCACCUGUACUCUGACUGACAACCCCAACCCCACCUACAUCUGGUACAGGAAUGGACAACUCGUGAACACCCAAGAUAACUACCUGUUCCUAGACCCAGUCAGCAGAGAGGAUGCAGGCAGCUACUCCUGUAUUGCAAAAGGAUAUGAGAAUCUCCACUCUGCUGACGAGACUCUCACUGUCAUUUACGCCAGGCUGUGGGUUUUGGCAGAGAGCUAG